AUGGACUUGUUCAGGCGAUCAAAAUCGGGCGCGGGACGCCAUUCAGAACUUCCGACGUCGGAUGAGAAGCGUUCAAGAAACAAGGGGCUGUCGUCCAGCUUGGCCUUUUUCCAGCGGCCACUGCGUCUGCGCGGCAACUCUGCAGUCUCCAUCCCAUUGGGCGUCGUUCUCGUCUUCCCGGUGCUGGUGGUUGUGCUCAUCCUGGUCCUGUUCGUCAGGCAUCCCAGCUCUCCAGGCAGGAUAUUGAUGCCCGCCGGCUCGCCGCCCGCUAUUCGAAAAAUCAGCGAAAAGCAUGACAAGGUCUUCGUUACCGGCUGUCUCGAGCCCGAUACAUCGACGCCCCGAGCCAACGCUGCAUUCGUUGUCUUGGCCCGCAACAAGGAGAUUGAUGGAGUCAUCCAGUCCAUCAAGUCUGUUGAGCGACACUUCAACCGAUGGUACCACUACCCCUAUGUGUUCCUCAACGACGCAGACUUCGACGAAAACUUCAAGGCGACUGUGAGGAACUAUACUUCGGCAAACGUCGAGUUUGGCAAGGUUGAGCCGGGCACAUGGGGCUUCCCCGACUGGAUCGAUGAGAAGGUCGCAAAGGAGGGUAUUGCCAAGCAGGGUGAUGCUGCCGUCAUGUAUGGUGGUAUGGAGAGUUACCACUUCAUGUGCCGCUUCUACUCUGGCUUCUUCUACAACCACCCUCUGCUGCUAAAGUACGAGUGGUACUGGCGCGUCGAGCCCGAAAUCACUUACUUCUGCGACAUUACCUACGACCCAUUCCUCAAGAUGAUCGAGAACAACAAGACGUAUGGCUUCACGAUUGCGGUCAAGGAGCUUCGCGAAACCGUCCCCAACAUCUUCCGUUAUGCCUCGGCUUAUAAGCGAACGAACAACCUGACGUCACAGGGUCUUUGGGAGAUGUUUGUGGAACCCCAGGAACACAAGGAGGAGCACGAGGACCCCAACCCACCACUGCCCGACGAAGUUUUGCAGGGAAAGCCGGCCAGUCUACCCCCCAUUGAUCCCGAGGCUAUGGAGGGGGAAAAAUACAACAUGUGCCACUUUUGGUCCAACUUCGAAAUCGCAAAGCUCAGCUGGUUCCGCAGCAAGGAGUAUAACGAUUUCUUCCAGAUGAUGGACCGGAGUGGUGGAUUCUGGAUGGAACGGUGGGGAGAUGCUCCCAUCCACUCUCUAGCUGCCGGUGCUCUGCUAGCCCCUCGAGACAUUCACUACUUCAGAGACUUUGGAUAUCGACACACGACUAUCCAGCACUGCCCCGCCAAUGCCCCUGCUCGACAGCUUCCUCGACCCCCCUUCCUCGAGAUGACGACUCCGGAUGAGCGGAAACGAAAAGAAGAAGACGAGUACUGGGAAAGCUGGGACGAACCCAAGGAGAACGGAGUCGGAUGCCGCUGCCGAUGUGAUACCGACAUUGUUGACGUUGAGGGUAAGGACGGUUCAUGUCUGGCCGAGUGGGUUGACGUCGCAGGUGGCUGGGCCUCACCAUAA